UAUGAUGCAGUCUACGGAAGCGCUCAAAAAGUGGUGAAAGUUCCAUCAAUGCCCACAAGGAUGCCAACUCAAUUGCCGGAUAUUAUGCAGCCUAUGGAAACCCUCGAGAUGCAGGUGAAAGUUCUAUUGAUGCUGGCAAGGCUAGCCCAACUGCCUCAUAUCGGACUGUUUACGGAAAUCCUCGAAAAGCAAGUGGAAGCACUGAUAUCAAUGAUGGUAAGCCUAGUAGAACUAUGCAAUACGAGAGGGUCUACGGAAAUCCUCAAAAAGCAGGCGGAAGUUCUGUAAGCGCGGGCAAAAAUAGUCCAAACAUGCAACAAGGACACCAAGAUGGUACCAGUACAGGUAAUGUGUUCUUGGAAAAAGACCUGCAUCCUGGGACUAAAAUGAUGGUGCGCUUCACAAAAACCUCAAGUGCAGCUCAUUUCUUGCCUCAGCAAGUUGCUGAAUCCAUACCUUUUUCAUCAAACAAGCUACCAGAAAUUUUGAAUCAGUUCUCAGUGAAAGAAAACUCCGCAGAAGCCAAGAUAAUACAGAAAACAAUAGAAGAAUGUGAGAAGCCGGCCAUAGAAGGAGAAGAGAAGUACUGUGCGAGAUCGUUGGAGUCCCUAAUCGAUUUCAGCACUUCAAAGCUUGGAAAAAACAUUCGAGCACUCCCAAAUGUGGUGGAAGGGGAAAUCCAGGAAUAUAAAUUUGGAGAGGGAGCGAAGAUGCUUGGAGAGAAAUCAGUGGUGUGCCACCAGCUGAACUAUCCAUAUGCUGUGGCUCUUUGCCAUGCAUUUCACAUGACAAAAAUUUACAAGGUUCCAUUGGUGGGAGCUGAUGGAACCAGAGUUCAAGCUUUAGCAGUAUGUCAUGAGGACACAUCGAUUUGGGACCCAAAUGCUUUGGCUUUUCAAGUGCUCAAAGUUAAGCCAGGAACUUGGCCCAUCUGUCAUUUCCUUCCCAAUGGUCAUUUUGUGUGGGUUCCAAACUAGGCAGAGAUCCGUCCGCAGAAAGCCUCAAACCCAAUUGCUGGCUUGCAGUUUGUGUAAUAUAUUGUGUGCUUUGAAUAACUGCAAGGGUUGAGGAAUGUAUGUCCUAUGAGCAAUAUUAUUCAGCAAUGAGUGACUCUCCCUUUUCUUU